AUGAUUCUGACGCCGUAUUCGCGCCGGCUACGGUUCUUCGGUGGAAUUUCUGUCCUUGCUCUUGUCGCAACAUAUAUUCACAUCCAACCGACAUGGAGGGUGAGGACAUACAGUUAUGCCCACGACCUGGGCGCAACCGUCUCGAACUACUUCGCCGCUUCGGAUGUCUACAAUAACACCUUGUACCAACAAGGGACCGAGGGGGUCGUGACUCAGUACCACAACUUCAGCGACCCAUGCACUGGGUUUCCAAACACGGACGGCGUUCUGCUCGUCAUGAAGACCGGCGCGACCGAAGCCUUCGACAAAGUGCCAACUCACCUGCUUACGACCCUGCAAUGCAUGUCCGACUUUUUAAUCUUCUCCGAUAUGGAGCAGCAAAUAGGGAAAUAUCACAUAUAUGACGUACUCGCCGAAGUGGAGGAAUCCGCCAAAGCCCACAAUGACGAUUUCGAUCUGUACCGGGCCCAGAAGGAGUGCCCCGUCUCCCAGAAGUCCUGCGUAGAUGCUCGAGAUGGAGAGUCGAAAGCCUGGAAGCUCGACAAGUACAAGUUUCUGCCCAUGAUGGAGCAAACAUGGCGGAUGCGACCGGGCCGCGAUUGGUACAUCUUCGCCGAGGCCGACACGUAUGUUUUCUGGGCCAACAUGGUCUACUGGCUGCGCACCCAGAGUCAGCUCAACCCUAAGGAGAGGAUCUACCUGGGCAGUCGCAGCUUCAUAGGCGGGAUGCCCUUCGCUCACGGUGGAUCCGGGUAUGUCAUGAGCGGCUCCCUCUUGCGACAUUUGAUCGAGCACCAUCCGGGCGUCGUCAAGCAAUACAGUGUCAAGGGCGCAAACGAAUGCUGUGGCGACCUGAUGCUCGCUCAGGCGCUGGAGCAAUACGAGGAAGUCAAGAUCCGUCAGACAUGGCCCAUGUUCAAUGGCGAAAAGCCCAGCACGCUACCAUUUGGCCCGGGACAUUGGUGCGAGCCCAUCUUGACGAUGCACCACGUGAAUGCCGAAGAGAUCAGCAGCGUUUGGCAAUUCGAGCAGACACGCAAGACCGAUCGCACGUUACUUAUCAAGGAUCUUUACCAUGGUCUCAUCGCACCUAAGAUGCAGGUCCAACGCCACGACUGGGAUAACCUUUCGGAUGAUGUCUGUUACAUCAGCUCAGACGCCGAUGCGCAAGCGCGUGCUGGCGAUCACGAGAAGGGUCGGCAAAAGAAGGGCCACGAGAUGACACAGGUCGAGAAGGACGCCUGGAAAUCUCCCAAACACUGCGCCCGCGUCUGCGAGGAAGAAGACGUGCCAGACGAGGACGAGUGGGAGCUGAAGCAAAAGGUUGUGCCGCGCAACCCUGAAGAAGUCGAGAACGCGGCCAACGCCAGCGACACGGAGAAGGCCGAGGACAGCGACGCCAGUGACGAGGCCAUGCGCGAGCAAUGGAAAACCAUGCUCAAUGAGCACAAGAAAAGCCGCACGUGCUUCCAGUACCGAUGGCAUGACGAGGUAUGCUGCACCGCGAGGAGCUUCAAGCUCGGUGCACCAAAGUCCAAGCCGGACGAAGACAAGCAGAAGGAGCAGUGGGUCAGUGGCUGGGAUCUGAAGGGCAUCAACGACUGGAUCGAUGCCAUGGGCGAGUGCAAGGAGAUCGCAUGGAAGACUCCUGAAAAACCAUGA